GGUACACGAAGGUAUCACCGUGUCAGCCAGCACACCUUGGUAUUAGUUCAGGGUGCGACAACUUACGACAUACAGUAGCUGGGAUAAAAACAAAAAAGGAACAAAAUGGCUGUUAGUGUAAUUCAAAGCAUGAGGAACAUAUUUCUGUCCUUUCUGCUCUACAUAUUUGUUCCAAUCCAAGCAGACAUCUGCUAUUUCCCUGACAGCUAUACACCAUACAAAACCUGUGAUUUUGGUUGCUGUGAUAACUACUGCUGCCCUUUUAAAGAAACUGCCAUAGCCUACAAUUUCGGACCAAUCAUUGGUGCCGUGGUCAGCGGUGGUAUAGCUCUGUUCAUUAUUAUACUUGCAAUCUGUCUGUGUCGCAGAAGAAGGCGUCAACCUGGAGUUAUCAUACAAAGUUCAGGGGCGACAACUGCCAUGGUUUAUCAUCAAAGUACCACGACUCAGGGUGAAAUAGUCAACACAGUCAACAUGCCUCCAGGGAUUGUCUACCCACCUCAACCAUAUGGCGCAUAUCCAUAUCCACCAGACAAAAUUAUGCAGCCGCCCCCAUAUUAUCAACCGGCGCCCCCUAGCUACGACAACCUGUCUCCCCCAGCUUACCUUCCCAGUGCGCCUGCCGAGAACGUCUAUCACGAUCAAGGCGGAGUAGACAACGCAGCUUUCAAACAUUAAGACUUAAGACAAUAGCUCAUUCUUUUUUUGUGUAUAUAUUGUAAUCAUCAUCAUCAUCAUCAUCAAACUCCAUUAGAGUGAGGGUUGGAGAGGCUCAAAUCCUCUCUUGCAAAAGCCCUGGACAGAAACCCUGCUGUCUUGCGUAGUGCAUAAAUGUCGCCAUACAGGUCGAGAAUUUUGGGUUUUCCAGACCUGUCGAGACGGAGAUCAGCAAGUCUGGGGCAGUCAAACAGAAUAUGAGGCACGGUUUCCUCUUCUUCCACGCAGCGGGGAAACCGUGAAUCAAUUUGGCCAUAGCCGCGAGAAAUAUGAGCCAACAGGACAGUGGCCUGUCCUGCACUAUGCUAUAAUAGCUUGCUCAGGCCUGGACAGCCUCCACCACGGGGAAGUGCGCCUCAUGCGCUCCCAGACUCCACGGGCUUUUUGGGACUUGUCCCAGCACUCAAACCACUUUUCCAUUUCUGUUUUGUUUUGUAUUAUAGCCAGGGCUUGAUGAAAGCUUACAGCCUGUUCAGUGGGUGGAAUUUGCCCUCCCUGGUGGGCCAAAGAGUCUGCAAUUGUGUUGCCUGUCAUAUAUUGUAAUAACUCUAGGGCAAGCGACUUAACAUAUGGGAGUUAAAAGAUGAUAAGAGCUAUGAAAGACCAAAAUGAAUUACAGAAACAAAUAGGGCAGUCCGCCUUCACAAAACUUCUCAGCUCCCUAACUCCAGCAGAAGGAAACCCUGCAUCUAAUUAGUGUGUUCUUACCCCGUUCUAAACCGUGAGCUUUAUUGUUCAGAUUGGCAGUGCGCAUGGCAGAGUUUGUACACUAUAUACAUGGCUGAACAGUGUACACAUUUAAUGCAUAUGUAUAUAAAACUUGUUAUUAUUAAUAUAAACUGGUUUAAUGUUUAUAUGUGAGGCAUGUAUCUGUAUUACAAGAUUAAUUUCAAUCGCGAGUAAAAAAAAACAUAACUCUUCUCUUCUUUAGGGAUUUUGAAUGGUAUAAGUUAUGUUAAAGUAGCUUCCCUUUAAUAAACCGUCGUUAGCAUAAACUAGUUGUGAGAAGCUGCCAGGUCUUUUAUUAUAGAGAUUGAUUAUAAGCAAUUAUAACAACAAUUUUAACCAAACUGGUGACCUUUAGAAAUUCAAACUUAAAUCUUCAUCAGUUUAGUUUUAGUGAUGUUAUAACGAUGAUUAAGAAAAAACACUCCUUCUCUCCUAUUUGACGAUACCAUCGUUGAUUUAACCCAAUCAGAUUUUGUUUCUCCAAUUUGACGAUACCAUCGUUGAUUUAACCCCAUCAGACUUUUUUUCUCCAAAUUGACGAUACCAUCGUUGAUUUAACCCCAUCAGACUUUUUUUUCUCCAAUUUGACGAUACCAUCGUUGAUUUAACCCCAUCAGACUUUUUUUUCUCCAAUUUGACGAUACCAUCGUUGAUUUAACCCCAUCAGACUUUUUUUUCUCCAAAUUGACGAUACCAUCGUUGAUUUAACCCCAUCAGACUUUUUUUCUCCAAUUUGACGAUACCAUCGUUGAUUUAACCCCAUCAGACUUUUUUUUCUCCAAUUUGACGAUACCAUCGUUGAUUUAACCCCAUCAGACUUUUUUUUCUCCAAAUUGACGAUACCAUCGUUGAUUUAACCCCAUCAGACUUUUUUUCUCCAAUUUGACGAUACCAUCGUUGAUUUAACCCCAUCAGACUUUUUUUUUCUCCAAUUUGACGAUACCAUCGUUGAUUUAACCCCAUCAGACUUGUUUUCUCCAAUUUGACGAUACCAUCGUUGAUUUAACCCCAUCAGACUUUUUUUUUCUCCAAUUUGACGAUACCAUCGUUGAUUUAACCCCAUCAGACUUUUUUUUCUCCAAUUCGACGAUACCAUCGUUGAUUUAACCCCAUCAAACUUUUUUUCUCCAAUUUGACGAUACCAUCGUUGAUUUAACCCCAUCAGACUUUUUUUUCUCCAAUUUGACGAUACCAUCGUUGAUUUAACCCCAUCAGACUUUUUUUUCUCCAAUUCGACGAUACCAUCGUUGAUUUAACCCCAUCAUUUGUUUUUUUUUUAUUAACACUAAUUUGUGUUGUAUAAAAAGAGAUUACUUUCCUUUCAACUCUAUAGCAAAUAAAAUAUUUUCUGAUAACAAAGUUAUAGAAGUUUAAUCAUAACAGGGAAUGGAACUUCAAAUGAACGAAAUGAAUAAUUCCGUUGGAACAGAACCAAAUUUCAUUAUAUUACGGAGAGAAAGAGUUAAACUUACUUUUAUCCUUUAGCUUAACCCGUUACUAUAAGCUCAUACUUUCUUUAUUGUCAAAAGAGAGUAAAAUGGUGGAAGGUGGUCAAAAAUGUAAAAAAAAAAGAAUUAUUUAUUUCAAGCUGAGAUUUCUCACAUGUAUGUAUGUUUAUUAAGGUUGAUUGAGCGUAACGCGAAUGUCCUAGGUUCGAUCCCCAUAUUGAUCAAUUUUUUUUUUCAUUAUUUUUCAAUGAUAAAAAAGAAAAGAAUCUUCAAUGAAUGUUUAGAUUACCAUACCAUUUGUAAAACGUAGGAAUUGAUUUAAUUUUGUUAAAUAUUACUUUUUUAUGUAUCGUGGGUAUUUCACAUUGUGUAUUAAUUUGUAAAUAAACCUGUGUAAUAUCCACUAUAAAAUAUGUAGCUAUUUAAUAUUAAUUUUUUUAAUCACAAUUGUUACGACAAUAAUAAAAUGGUUUGUUUGUGAUAGUCGUAAUGA